AUGUCCACAAACGAUGCAAUUCAAGACGAAGUCACCUCACUUAACGCCAUCUUUGACGAGGGAACCUUGUCAGCCCUAGAUGAAGACGCAAGGUUAUACAGUUUGCGACUACCGUCGCUCCCAUCGAUAACUCUCCGUAUAAAGUUUCCUGCAGACUAUCCGGAUGCGCCACCGUCGGUGCUAGGCACCCAGAGCGUGGGACAGGAUGUUCCCAAGGGUAUGGGUAGCCGGGCUGUCGACGUAGUGAGAGACGUUCUGGCAAAGGUUUAUCAACCGGGCGAGGCGUGCAUCUACGAUUUGCUUGAAGAAGCAAGAGAAGCUCUGGAGCAAGCGGAAGAGCAGGGAGAUAUCCAAUUACACGACCAACAUGAUGACCAGCACGUGGAGGAUGAGGAUGUUUCUCGUAUGCCACAUGACCCGGCCAUCGAUCUUGGACCGGAACCACCGUGGAUCGUAGCACCAGCCCUUACCGAGAAGAAAUCAGUCUUUUUGGCUCGCGUAGCACCAGUAUCAUCGCCUGCCCAAGCCAGACAGUAUGUUGAGCAUCUCCUAGCGACAGACAAGAAGGCUGCUCGUGCAACUCACAACAUGACCGCCUGGCGGAUCAAAGGCCCGAACGACACGAGUUAUCAAGACUGCGACGAUGAUGGCGAGACUGCCGCUGGAUCUCGCAUGUUGCAUUUGAUGCAGUUGAUGGAUGUUUGGAACGUCAUGGUCGUCGUCACAAGAUGGUAUGGCGGUAUACACUUGGGUCCUGACCGCUUUCGCAUCAUCAACACUACAGCAAGAGAGGCAUUAGUACUGGGUGGCUUUACAAAGGAGGGGAAAGAGGGCGACACGAAGAAGAAAGGCAAGAAGUAG